UCGUUGCUUUUCCCUCCUCACCUCGCUCAAUUGGCACAGAGUACACACAGCGCAGCCAACCACUCCAGAAGCUCCGAGAACCUAGGGUUUCCCCACCUCCAUGGCCAUCGCCGCCGCCGCCGCCGCUGCGGUGCAUCCGUUGCCGCCGCCGCUAGCUCGGCGUACCGUGGCGUGGUUGGUGUGCACCCACCUCGCCUGGGCCGCCGUCGACGCCGUCAUCUGCUUGUUCCUCGCAAGCAUGUGGCUUUUCUUCUUGGGCCUGGCCACCAAUGAAAUCGGGCGGCUCGCCUGCGGUGAGGGUUGCGCUGUGGUCACCGCGGCGUACAACCUCGUCUCUGUAGCGGCGGGGGUCACCGUUGUGCUCGUCCUCCCCUUCAGCGUGAGCGUGCUACUGAUGGCAUCGAUGAUGGCCCGCGCGCAGGCGGCGGCGACGACGGCCACUGACAUUGAGGCAACGAAGGAACCUGCUCUGAAGACAUCGUAUGCGGCAGUGCGGGAGACGCUGUGCGACUCUCUCGCUCUUGGAGUCGCUGCGUCAAUGGCGUUCACCCUGCUCAUGCUCAUUGGUGAUCUGGUGAAGUGGGACUCGCCCGUGAUGGGGUCUCGUCGGGAGAGAGUGGGUUCAGUGAUACAUGACGUGGGAGCAUUGGGCACGUUCGUGGUGAAUUCCUUCGUUUCAUGCCCCAUUAUAACAGUGAGGAUUUGGAGGGCCUCGAGGAUGGCGCGACAUGCUCUGUAGUUGAGACAGCCUUGAAAUGGAGAAAGAGCUGUGAAGAUGGAGAAGGAGCUACGAGUACCUAUGCUUUGUUGCUGAAAUUUUUCGCAUAUUAGUUGUUUCCUGUAUCUUCUUAUCUACGAAAAUAUUGGCAUUGUGGAUCCACUGCUAGCAUAAAGUGUCCCCUAUGCUAUGAAUUCUGCAAAUUUGAAACUAUGGUGUGUCCUAUGUUUCUGGAACGCGUGCUUCUAGAAGUGACAAUGAGAAGGACUUAUGUGCUUUUCAUCAUUGUAACUAACAUCCUAGCUGGAGAAGAUGCAUAUCUGGAAAAUGCUUACUUCUAGAAGAAUCACUGAUCUUGGCUUUAGUUAA